UCGGAGGGAGGGAGAGAGGGACUGAAAUCUUAUCCACAGCAGCUAUCUAGCAGGACAGAGACAGGGAGACUUAGAGAUUCACUGUGAUAGCUAAAAUAUAAAAUUGACAUACAGUACUAUAGAAAUAGUUUCCACAGUUUUGAUUGGAAGGUGGGAGCAGACAGUGCAGGUUGGCUUAUACAUACGCAGGACCUUUACAGCUACAUAUACAGCAGCUAUGAUCCCAGAUCAGUAUCUGAUUGAAUGUCCAAUGGAUCCUGAUGAAGAGCAGAAAUACCAGAAUAAUCCUGCAAAUACCACAGUCUACACUGAAGCCCCCCAAAAGCUGGAUGCGCGGGACCCGCGGGGAAUCAACAAGCAUCUCAAGGUUGAUUUCUCCGACGUUCUGGCAGAACCGGAAUCCUUUCACAGCUUUGACAAAGUCUGGACCUGGAGUGAUAUUUUGUUUGAAUCAUCUAAGCUUUGGUGCUACCGAAUUAUCUCGCUGUUGUUUGCUGUUCCAGUAUCCCUGAUCUCCGGCAUUCUAUUCGCACUCCUCGGAUGUUUGCACAUAUGGUGCGCCAUGCCGUGUAUCCAGCUCUGCAAUAUCUGCAUGCCCCCCGUCAGGACACUCUGGGCCAGUCUGCUAGACAUGUUUGUAGCCCCCCUCUGUGCCAGUCUGGGUCGUUGUCUCAGUUCCAUUUACCUGAAUGUGGUGAAGCAGCGGGUAUAACAAAGGAUCACCUUACCUGCACAGGCCGUACACCUGAGGGAGAAAUAUAUAUGGUGGUUUUACAGAAUCCUGGGAAUUGCAUCUAAAAGCAGAAUGUCCAUGACUGGGAUUUAUUAAAUGGAAAAGAUAAUAAAAAGAAAAACUGUUUUGUACAAAAAAAA